AUGGAGCAGCAAUCUUGUCAACUGCCCCGUUUCUCUCCUGAACUCAUCUUCAUGAUCGUCGGGUACAAUGAUCCUCCCGACCUUCUCGCCCUCAGUCUGGCUUGCUCCGACCUUCAUCACCGCUGCCGAUCUCUUCUUGUAAAGCACCAAGGUGCCUACAGCAAAUACAGAAUCACCUCGGACCUGUCACCAGAAACAGCCGUUGAUCUGCUGAAAGACACUCUUACAGCUGAGAUCAACAGAUAUCACGUCCGUGAACUCGAGUUUUGGGGUAGCCGCCUGAGAUGGGAAGAUUGGCGGUCAUGGAAUCCAGCGCUGUCUGGUAACUACGAAGUCGCCGAAGAAGAGCCCUCGAGGUCAGCAUGGGAUGCGCGAGAGAUUGAGGAAUAUAUUCAGAAGGGGAUUCGCUUGUGGGACCUUACCGAAGAAAAGAUUGAGGAGCUCCAGAUGAGUCUCGACCGAGGAAUGGAAGCAUGGCUCAAAUUGCUCCUCAUCUGCUUGUGCCCUCGACUUCACAGUGUCAGAUUUGUCAAGCGAAGAGGCGAUUCCUACAACAUUCUCGCAUGGAUAUCAGAAGUUAUUAGCUGGAGCGUAGAGGACGGAUGCCACUGGCCCCCGGGCUUCGAGUCAUUACGAAGUAUAUCCGUUGGAGUCUCAAUAGGCCAACUGCCACACGAAGAAGAAGAAGAAGAAGAAGAAGAAGAAGAAGAAGAAGAAGAAGAAGAAGAAGAAGAAGAAGAGUACUACGAUGGGUUUGAAGAAUUCACGAAGCUCUUUUAUAUACCCAACCUCAAGAACAUCUACUUCAAUGGGUUUUCCUGCCAUGAAGACGAAUGGGAAGACCACUUUUGGGAUGAGGAUUUACUUCCCAAUGGUACCUCGAACGUCGAAAGCCUCUUCCUCGAUGGCGUCGAAGGAGGCUGGGCUGACUUCUAUUAUUGGCUUUCUGGCGCUUCAAGAAAGCUGGAUACAGUUGUCCUCAGAGCAAUAGACUCUCGUAGAGGCGGCAUGCUCGAUGCUAGCAGCCUCGUUGACAGCCUGGCCGUUAUGAACAAGACCAUGGAGCGGCUCGUCCUUUAUCACCCCGCCGCAGUGCAGCACGGAAUGUUCCCAAUAGAGAUUUAUAAGCACAAGUCCGUCAAACAAAUCACCAUAAUGGCCCUUGAUAUCGAUUGCCGCUUUGAUUACACCGGGAGAGAUAGGACUUCAGAUAUUGCGCUUGCGUUUCCACCCAACAUCGAAGCAGUUUAUCUGUGGGGGGAAUUGAACGACCUCGGGAAACCAGGGCGACGGUGCCUAAGAAACUUGGAUUCGUUUCUGGCUGAACUCAUUGAAUCGGGUGUCUACAAACACCUCAAAGCUGUGUACGUGGAAGACGUCGAACUCACAUAUAGACAACGUCUUAAAAGCGCCUCUCCAUUCCGCAUUAGAGAAUGGAAAAGACCUGCUUUCCUAAAAGCCACUGCUGCAGGGCAAAGGGCCGGUGUGCACGUUGGUACACUCAUGAAUAGGGAUGACGGAGGUCACUGGAAGAACUUCCCGGCCAGGCCUGACCGAUUCAAUAUCAAAACCGGUCCGUUUGCGGCCGAGAGACCAGAGGAGUGGAAGCUUAACCUGUACACUGGUCAAUGGGGGCCCGAUUGCAGUGGAUGUGGAGAAUGUGAGGAGUGUUUGGCUGUGUACCCUUCUGAGCUGUGGAAGGAAAGUGCUGCACAGCGCUCGAAUUCACCGUGA